AUCUUUCCCCCGGGAAUGAGAAAAUAUCACAAUGGACCCCAAGGUCUCGGAGUUGCCAAGGGCCGCCUCCAACGAUGCCAUGCUAUCCGAGCUAACCCCACAUCCAGCGACUGACAAACCCCCAGACAAACCGCGGCAGAAGACCGCCAGCAGUAGGCGACAGAAGACUUUCACGGGCUGCUGGACAUGUCGCGAACGUCACGUCAAAUGUGACGAACAGCGACCGGCGUGCCGACGCUGCGUUGCUGGCAAGUUCGCAUGUCAGGGAUACGGUACGCGACUGACGUGGCUCUCGCCCACGGGACAAGGAACACCAAAGAGUGGUGGCCGGCGCCGGUCGCGGACGAAGGCCAGCCCUUCGUCCCAGAACUUAACACAAUUUCCGAGUCAAGAGACAUCUCCAGCUGUCGAUGUUCAACAGACCGGCCCGUUUCCGGCUUUCCGGUCUUGCGAGUCGCGCCUUGGGGCAGAUUACUUGGGGCAAGCUGGCGGAAGCCCUGUGGCGAUGGAACAACUGUCUCGAGAUGUUCGAUCAUACGGACUAGUAACGGGAAUUCCUCAGGAAAGAUAUGCUAUUCAGUGUGAGUCAUUCGGCGCUUCCAAUCAAUGGGGCACAAUGCUCAUGGGCAGCCCGACAAGGCCAUUGGAAGCAUUAUCAACUCAUGCUAGAGAACGAGAACUCAUCAGCCACUGGGCGACGAACCUCGCCCACAAGCUGAUACCGAUCCGCAGUCCAGCAAAUCCAUUCCUAACCGUCGUAUCGCCCAUGGCCCUCGAGGGAAGCCGCCUCGCCAACACGAGAUCGACCUCGACCGUCGCCCUCUUCCACGCCGUCUGCGCCAUCUCCGCAGCCCACCAGGCGAACCUCAGAGGCACCCACUCACACAGCGGCUACAAUGAUCUGAUGCUCCGUCACAAACAGCUGAGCUUCCACCACCUCAUACAAAACAUGAACCGCAGAGACCACGACGAGCGAAUGGCGAGCUUGGCCACCCUCUGCCUAUGGAUCCUCACUCACUUCAUCACCGGGACCGCGGGCGCCUGGCGCGAGGUCAUUAAGGUGACCCGCGACCUCCUCGAUGAUACGAGUAUGGAGACGUGGAGACAGUCAAAUACCGCUGCGUUAACGUAUGAGUCCUUCUCCUCCACCUUUGCCACAGUCCUUGCCCAGUACCUUGGACGACUUGACGCUCCCGUCCCGCUGAAGACAUAUCUACCAGAUGUAGAGCUAUCAAAGAGCCAGAUCAUGCCGGUUCGAACCCUCGAAGUGGUCUCUUCCUUCAACGCGAAGCUUUUGCAGACGACCACUCUUGCAGAGGAGGACCUCGACCAGCUGGAACUCGAAUUCGCCCUGUCUACACCCGAGCCAUCCGUGGACUACGACACCGGCAAUGCGGACUCGGCUAUGGUACACCACCACCGGUCACUAUUUUACUAUGCAUGCCUGCUUUAUUUCAAGGGUAACUCUGGGAGGCGAGGCCCAGAAGAGGGCAUCCAAGAUCUGGUUGCCAGGUGUCUCGACCACAUGGAGCAUCUCGAGUCUCUGCAGAAAAACAGCAGCCCCAAAGCGUGGAUUUACGCUGCAGUGGCUUUCGAGGCCCGCACACCGGAUUUGCGAGAUAGGAUGAGAUCUCUAUUCUUUAGACGAAAGCCGCUCGGGAUCGCCACCUGGGAUACGUUGUCACUCGCGGUCGAGGAGAUCUGGAAACGCCGCGACUUGGCCGUCCCCGGUUUGGCACCAGAGCCUUGGACGCGAGUUCUUUCACAGAUGCCAGAGCUUGACGUGAUACUGUAUUGAGGCGAUUCUCUAUUGAGGCCAUCUACAUCUUUCA